AUGAAAAAUAUAAAUCACAGACAACACUUCUGGGAAAGUACUACUGUCAAUAAUAAGAGCUACACCAAUCCUGAAAAUUUAAACACACGACACAAGGAAUCCAACCAGAAAGAACCCACAAAAGGGAGCACCCAUCACGUACUAAGUAAAAACCAAAAGGAUAACCAAGCGGCGAGUAGCGCAAGGCAGAAUCAAAGUUUGAACUGCAAAACUGUUAGAGGUGAAAAGCUGAAUGGUGAAAAAAAAAAGAAUAACAAAAAGGUGAAAAACGACACGUUCAAUUGGAGAGUCACUACAGACACAAGAAGAAACAACGCCAAUAGCGACACACUAGUUCCACUUAAGAAAAACGGGGAACGGAAAAAAUUAUUGGAGAAAAGGGAAUGCCUUCUGAAUGGGGAGUCAACGAAAUUUCAUGAAAAAACAGACAUUGAAAAUGACGCCAGCGAUUUUUCCAAUUUGAUCACUUUUGAUGAUCAGCCAACGGUGAGUGAAAACAUUCCCAUCCAAAAUGACACCCCGUAUGGCACACACAGGGAUGCACCCAGGAAGGACGAUCUGGAAAAUUCGUUAAAAAAUGUUCAUUUCGAUAUUCACUUGGAUGUUCACGCGGGAAUUGGAGGGAUCCACUCGGGGACCGUUCCUAAGGGGUGUGCUGCCCAUAAUGGCACCAGGUAUAGCAGCAGAGAUGACAACAGGAAAACCAAUCAUGGUCCAAAUGGAAAUGUAGAGGAUGGGAAGAACGCCCGCCAUGACAAUAACACCGCGAAAACGAAUUUCGCAGAAUUGAACAAGGAAGAAAAUGACGAAAAGGAACUACUACUGGAGCAUAUAAAGAGGCUGGAAUAUCAAAACAAUAUAUUUCUGAACAAUCUGUUAAAUGUGUACUAUGUCUGCAUGGACUACAUCAAAAUGCAAGAUGAGAAAAUAAAAAAAAAUGAAGAAAUCAUACUUUUCCAGAAUAAAAUUAUAAACGAUUUAAAGGAAAAUGAACACUUGGAGGACACCACAGGUAUGAGUAAUGACACAACUGGUAACUGUAAAAAUGGUGACUCAGAUUUGUGA